AUGAAUGAAUAUAAAAUCGAAGAUCCAAAAAAUACAAAAAAGUUGGAAGAAGAGGAAGACAUUAGUGACCAAGAUUUGAUGUCUGGUGAUGUCAAUGAAUUCUAUGAAUCACUUGAUUCUGCACUAAAUGAUGAAUCAACUCCAUUAGAAAUAAUUAGAGAUUAUUUUGAGAAGAUAUCUCUAUUUCAAAAACAAAAUAUCGAUAUACCAGUAGAAAUAAUAUACCUCAUCGUUGAAUUUCAUUUCAAAAGUAACAAAUUAGACUUCAAUAUCUCAAAUAUACUGAAAAUGUUUCUCUCAGAUCCUCAAAACUUAUCGUUUUUUAUAAACAAUCAAAAAUUUGAGGAAUUCAUGCAUAUAUUUAGUACUAUUUCCAAUUGGUUUACGAGUUUAAUUGAUGAUUUUCCUUCAUUACGCGACGCCAUGAUUGAACAUGAUUUUAUUUCAUAUCUCGUUUCCGUAACAUUUAGCUUGGAAACCUAUUCUCAACAAGUUUUCAUUCAAAAUAUUCAAAUUAUUAUAAAAUUAUUACUAUUAUUAGAUAAAAUUCCGGGAGAACUUGUAUCCGAUAUAUUCCAGAAGGUAUGCCAAUUCCUUCCUAUUCUUAUUUCUGCAAUUAUUGAUUUUAUGCCAAAAGAAAAGGAAAUUAAUGAUAAAUUUAACGAACUUAUCAAUAAUACAUCAGAUGCAGAUCAAAGAAAUGAGUGUUUCAGACAAAAAGAAUCAUUUAUCGAUCAAUUUCCAAAAAUCACGGCUCUGGCCAAACUCCUUUCUCUUUUGAAUACAAUUAGCCUCCAAUAUCAAAAAUCAGUUGAAAUUUUCCCACAAAUUUUCGAAGAAUUGAAAAGAAUUUUGAUUUUAAAUCCUGGUGAUUUUCCUAUUAAAGAUGAGUUUAAUUUUGAUACAUCUCUCUGUAACUUUGCCUACACCGUUGUUAUGUACUUAAAUAUCUUACCUCCUCCUGAAAUAAUCAAACAUUUGACUGACCAUUUAAAAACAACCAAUUUAGAGACGCAUGCGAAUAGUUAUCCACAGAUGUAUGCGAAAUUCUUCUAUGAAUCAUUUAAUAGAAACCCUGAUGAAAUGAAAAAUUAUUUGAAAGAAGAAAUACUUGAUUUAAUGUUUAAAUUGACAGAAGAAGGAACAACAUCGCAAAGAGUUGAUUGUUUCUUAUUCUUUGUUGCUUUAAUUAAUGAAAAAUCAAUAGAUUUAAUUGUUCAGCCGUUGGAAAAUAGAUUAAUGCAUGAUCUAUGUGAUAUAGCAAUUUCUGCAUCAGAGUUGAAUAGAAAGGAGUUUAUGAAACACCUCUUAAUAUUGUCUGAAAUGUUAAUUAACAAAGGCUUGUUCACAAUUGACAAUCCGAUUGUGGACCAAGUAAUAAAUAGCGAUUUGUUGGAUUUCCUUGAUGGUUUGGAAGAAAUGACUGAAGAAGAAAUAGAAGUUUUCCAAAAAUUUACAGAAAUAUCUGAUAUUAAAGAAUAA